GUUAUGCCUUCCGAGGAUAUUCGGAUCCGAUAUCUAGUUGUUUACUUUUUUUACGAUACCCUCUCCCUUGCAAGCCUUCGGGCUUGAGAUAUAACUACGCUCUCAAAUGUUUUAUGCUUAUAAAAAGAUAAAGGCGCGAAAAGCUCCAAAACAAAACAGCCAGGAGACAUGUUCCCACCAACUGCGCCUUCAGAAUUUGCAGGCGGAUUCAAGACCAUCCGAAGAGGCGAUACAGGAGAACGAUGCCCUGAUGGAAGGAUCGGACGGCCCCAUUGUGCCCAAGCCGGAAGAAACACACAAUAACGACGGUCCCUGCUCCGAGUGCAAAAAAGAGAAACACGUUAAACGGGUUUAUAGAUGGAAGUUGAUAUUUGGCCUUUUGCUACCAUACUUUCUCGCAUCCGUUGACUUGACGAUUGUGGCCGCUGCCCUGCCAUUUAUAGCAUCCCAUUUCAAUAAACUGGACGAACUGAAUUGGAUUGUCACCUCAUUCAGUUUAACCUCGACCGCUUUCAUUCCCGCAUUUGGCCAGCUUGCAGAUGUCUUUGGACGGCACUUUGUCCUUCAACUGGCCAUGUUUCUCAUGCUAAUUGGAAGCGUAUUGUGUGCUGCGGCGCAGACAUGGCCAAUGCUCCUCCUUGGGCGCGCCUUACAGGGGACAAGCUCGGCUGGAAUCAUGAAUUUGAUCCAGAUAAUUUUGUCCGAUAAGGUCAGCCUCGCAGAUAAUGCGAAAAACAGUACUAUUUUUCAGUUUGUGGCGGGAAUUUCAUACGGUGUUGGGCCAGUCAUUGGAGGGUAUUUGACACAGUCUAAUUGGAGAUAUUGUUUCGUGUUAAGUAUUCCGGUGGCCUUUGUCGCUCAUAUUGCCAUCUUCGUGGUUUUGCGCAAGGAACUGGUAGGCGGCACGUACUUCACCAAAGGGUCACGGCGGUCAUCAUUCUUAGAAGGCCUUGGUACCGUGGACAUCGGUGGUACCUUGUUAUUCAUUUGCAGUGUCAGUCUUAUUAUCAUCGGUACUUCCUGGGGAGGAGCAACUUACCCCUGGACCUCCCCCGCUGUCCUGGCUCCAUUAAUUAUUGGAUCAAUUCUCUUCGUACUGUUCUUUAUCUAUGAAUAUCUUCUUGGGCCCGGAAGGAUUCUUGCAAGAUGUUUUCCAUCGCAGACAGUGAUGAUACCCUCCGAGCUAUUCCGAAAGCGAGACAUGGUGGUCUUAGCCAUCAUUGAAUUUGCUACCGGCGCAGCAAUGUUCUCUGCCUUUUACUUCGUUGGGAUCUACUUUACGCUUGUCGAGGCCUACUCACCCGAGAGAUCUGGGCUUCAGCUGCUGUUCUACAUUCCUGGGAUAGGAGCUGGUGUUUACUUUGCCAUGUUUGCCUGCAAUGUGUGGCCGGCACACACCUUCUAUCCGCUCAGUGUGGGUACAGUCACAGAGAGCGUCGGCAUCGGGCUUAUUACAUGGGCUAUUACAAGGCGCCAAGUAUCACUUGUCAAUGGAAUGAUGGCCGUCGCAGGCGCCGGAACGGGAAUGCGCUUCAUGCCUUGCACGCUUCACGCGGCAGGUAUCUGGCCAGACAAAAUCGCACCCGCCAUGUCCAUCAUGCGAUUCUCUAUGCCCUUCGGCGGGACUCUUGCCCUGGCAAUUAUGGGCAGUGUGUUCAACAACAAAAUGGCCCCGGUCUUUCGCUCCAUGAAUUCUGGUCUGGAUGGGCACGUCGAUACACAUGUAACUCAGAGUCUGGACUUUAUUAGCGAUCUCCCGGAACCUAUGCAAAGCUAUGUGCGCAACACUGGAAAGGAUGCAGUGAUGUGGGCGUUUAUCUCUAUCACCCCGAUAAUGGCUAUCAGUCUCGUGGCGAUCAUCUUCCUUGGGAACGUAUGGAUAAAAUCCAACAAGGCGAAGGAGGCCAUGGAGAAGGCGAAGCGAGAGGGAACUCACGACGAUGGAAUCGUUAGCAGCGAAGUUAUUGAUAAGCCGUAUCUCUUGGCCUUGAUCACUGGAAGUGUCGAGGAGAAUAAGUAUGUUAGCACUCCACUAUCGAAGGCUGAUAAGGAGAGACAGGCUCAAGCGCUACUUGAGGAGAAGGCUUUUCUACGUGCACGGAGGUAUGAAAAUAAGCCAAGGGAUUCUUACAUGGAGCAAGAGGGGGUUUAA